AUGGACCGCCCUCGCCGCAUAGUAGGCACAAGCCUCAAGAUGUACUUCAACCCGCAACAAACCGUCGAAUACAUCCAGGGCGUCGCCGAGCUCUCAGAACACGCACGGUCAUCCGGCAUCGAUCUCUUCGUUGUUCCCGACUUCCUCAGCAUACGCGAGUCGCAGAAGAUACUACAAGGCACAAGCGUAAUGCUAGGCGCGCAAGACACGUUCUGGGAAGACAGCGGCGCCUACACCGGCGAGGUGUCCCCGCUCCACCUCCAACAAGCCGGCGUCAGGAUCGUCGAGAUGGGGCAUGCGGAGAGGAGGAGGAUAUUCGGCGAGACGGACGAGCAGGUUGCGAAGAAGGCAACAGCGGCUGCACGCAACGGUCUUGUACCUCUUGUCUGUGUUGGCGAGCGCACACACGGCCCGAUUGCAUCCGCUGCAGUGGGCAUAGCCAUCGAGGAGUGUCGACCUCAGGUAAUGACUGUUCUUGCGGCGAUUCCGGAUGAUGCGGAGGUCAUUCUGGCAUAUGAACCUGUCUGGGCUAUUGGGGCAAAGGAACCUGCGGAUGCGGAUCAUGUGGUCAAUGUCACGAAAGAGAUCAGGAGAAUGGCAGCGUCUCGGAAGGGCACGACUAGGAUACUAUAUGGUGGCAGCGCCGGCCCGGGUACUUUCAGCAAGCUUUCGGACGGCGUAGACGGGCUGUUCUUGGGGAGGUUCGCUCAUGAUAUCGGAAAUCUGAAGCAAGUCAUAUCAGAACUUGCGCAAUCCUGA